ACGCACACCCCGUGAGAUACUCCGCCGGAGAACAUGUUUCAGAAUCGAAUUCACCCGUGGAAGAGUGAGCGUUAAAACAGUUUUUCAUUUUCAAUGUCUACCGCUUAUUGUUAAUGUUUGAAUAAAUUAUUGUGCAUCGCUUAAUAAUAAGUAAAAUAGUUAUAACGAAAUAAGAGCUGUUAAAGUCUUCGAUUCUAAAAAAUUCAAGGAACGUGAGAUUGUAACAAGAAAGGUGAUCAAAACGUAACGAAACGUCAACACUAUCGUUGCAGGUAACAGUUUUUAGAGACUGUUCUAAUUGUUAAUAAUUUUGAGAAUUUUUAAGUUUAAAAAGAAAAAUAUCGCGAAGAGAUAUUACAAAGAAAAUUAACGAAGAAAUAUCGGUAACGUCCUAAAGGAAAAGUUGAAUUCUAUGACAGGAUAACACUCCUCGCGUGCAGCAAAGAUGGCCGAGUUGAAGGAGCAACCAAUCAGGAGAGAGCACGAUUCGAUGGACGAUUUUGAGCACCUCGAACACGUCCAGGAUGGGCAAUCAACCCACCUUGAAACUCAUACCGAGAAAGUAGAUAGAAGUGCGAAGGAUAAUUUCGAUAUGGAUCAAGAUAUGAUCAACUUUUCCUUGAAUCAAUCAUUAAAUGAACCAGAAGAUUCUAAAAAAGCGACGAUGUUAUUAUUGGAGUCAGAAAAAGGAAAACCGGCUGAGGAAAGUAAUUUUGAGGUUAGAUCAAAGGAACCGGAAUUCGACUUGUUAUCAGGCAAAAUAGAGGACCAAUCGGACGUUAUGAAAAUCGAUCCGGUUACUAAACAGGCAGAUGAGAAGCAAGAGAUCGCCGAAAAGGAAGAAGUUAAGGAAACCAAAAUUCCAGAUCGCGAACCAGAAAUUCCUCCCUCUACUGAGAAAAAAUUGGAUAAUUCAUGGAAUGUUAUUGAAAAAUCUCCACCUGUUUCGGAGUUAAUUUCGAAACCAGAGAGAAAAGCAGAAAGUGUAAGUGAGUAUGUGGUUGAGCAUGUAGAGAAAAAGGAACGGAUCAGUGCACCAGAAACCGGGGAAUCGGAAUUUGAGUCCGAAAUCGAAGCAUCACCGGCAAAGAGUUUCAAAUCGAUCAAGCAGGAAGUAAGACGAGAACCGAUAGAAGUGGAAAUUGCUCCAAAGGAGAUUUUCAGUAGCAUGGGAAUCGACGCAUGGUUUAAUCCUGAUAGACUGAAUCCAAAAGUGGCAGCUUUAAUUUAUUGGCGCGAUCCAAAGAAAUCAGGCCCCGUGUUCGGGUGUAUACUCGGCGUGCUCCUCUCGCUGGCCUACUUCAGCUUGAUAAGUGUUCUUGCUUAUUUGUCACUUCUUAUCCUCACAGGCACCGUUGCCUUUAGGAUUCACAACACCGUUCUUCAAGCUAUUCAGAAAACUUCCGAUGGGCAUCCUUUCCAGAACAUUUUGGAAAUGGAUUUAACAUUGCCCGCGGAGAAGGUGCACGAAGUGGCAGACGUGGCUGUUGCACACUUAAACGCAGCGGUCAGUGAACUUCGUAGGCUCUUCCUUGUCGAGGAUUUCGUCGACUCUUUAAAAUUUGGUGUCCUUCUUUGGUGUCUCACCUACGUGGGUUCUUGGUUCAAUGGCAUGACUCUAGUCAUAAUUGGAGUGGUUGCCUUAUUCACACUGCCGAAGGUCUAUGAGACAAAUAAGGCACAAAUUGACCAGAAUCUAGCACUGGUACAAAGCAAAAUCAACGAUCUCACUACUAAAGUGAAAGCUGCGAUACCGUUUGGCAAGAAAGAGCCAAAGAAGGAAGAAUAAAUGUGAGAAUAUAUCAUCACGCGGGGGCAAAAGAAGCUUAAGCGAAUUUGUCGGACAAUUGCGGAAUCCAUGCAAGAACGAAAUACAGAGCGGUCACGUGAGAGAACCGAAAAGAUAAUGCAGAGGAACAAAAUGAAAUUAAAAAAGGAAAUAAAGAACAAAACAUAUGAAGAUCGAACGAAGAAUGGUGAAAGGGAAAUAUUUAGCAAAAAUUGCAGAGUACUCAAAGAAACUAAACAACGGAGAAAAGAUGAAAUGUAACACCAGCGUCAAAAAGAAGAGCACAAUGAAGACAUAUAUAUAUAUAAUACAUAUAUAUUAUAUAUUAUAUUAUAUUAUAUUAUAUUAUAUGAUAUUAUAUAUUAUAUUAUAAUAUAUAUAUAUAUAUAUAUUAUAAAUAAUAUACCAAGAAAACGAAAGAUACAGAAAAAUCAAGUUCUUAGCAUUGUAAGAUUUAAAGUAACUGGAUAAUUUUUUUAAAUUCUGAAAUUCCUAUGUAUGAAAAAAUAAAAAAUCGUAAAAAAGUAGCUACAAUAGAAGCAUGGCUUGCAAAGAAAUUGUAAUGGAAGAUUAUUGAAAAUAUAUGUAUAUGUAAAAAAAAGAAGAAGGAAAAAUAAAAUUACCUAAAAUGAAUGGGUAUCUCCAGAAGAACAAAGAGUUGGAAAUGUGAAAAAUCGCAAUGAAAGAAACACUGCUUUGAAAAAAAGAACAGCGAGAAAAGAUUGCAAGGUAAUAAGGAAAAGAAUGCCUUUUCUCAAUGUUUUGGAAGUUCGGCAGCUGGAUUUCAAUGUCCGACGAUGUCGUAAUGCGAGUUUUCCUUUUCUGGAUCUAUACAAGCUGUCCCUGUUAAUCGAAAUAAAUGGAAAGAAGUAACAUUUAGCGAUUAUGUUAAUUUGUUGCAACGCGAGAGGCGAAUAGAGCCCUUUGGUGUACUCUAUGCAAAAACCAUGAACGGUGCAAUGCGUGUGUCUCUUAGGGGGUUCCUGGUUUUUCUUCCUUUUUUUUGUUUUUUUCCUCGCACUCUCCCACAUCAGUCUAAACUGACCUUUCUUCUUUAAAUAGAAUGAUAUGCGGUCCCAUUGAGAUCAAUCAUGAUUAAUCAUUUAGUUCUUAGAAAAAAUUUUUUUAAUUUCAUAAUAGAAGUUAUUCAGAAAUAUCUUUGGCACAAAGAUGACGAGAGGGGUAUUUCCUUUUUCUUCUUUUAGCCAUUAGCGUUUGAAAUUUGUACUUUUCACCUUUUUUCUUUUUCUGAUUGCAUAUUCAUCAAGAUGACUGAAAUUGGUAAUUUGUUUUGUAAUAAAAUAUUGGUCUGUCUCUCAUUUUUAGUAGUCUUACAAUAAAUUCAAACGAAUACUGUUUACAAACUUGAAUUUUAUAACAAAAACUUUAUGUAAUGCUGUUUUAUUCUUUAACAUCACAUAAUAAAUGCACGCAUUGGAACGUAUGACACUAAUAUUACACGAUUAUAUUCAAAUGUUAAGAAUGAAAUAAUAUAGGUGUCUUAAAGAUAUAUGGAAAAUCUUUUUGUUUUCAAUAAAUUUUGUUUAUCUUCAACGAUCUAGAUAAUUUCGUUAUGAGAAACUGAUCUAAAAUCCAUUUUAAUAUUUAUUUUAAACAAAGCCUUCUGAGAUUUCUACUAUUUUUUUCAGUAUGCGACUUUAAAUCAGUUUCCUGGAUUUUUAUUUGUAACAUAAUAUUCGUACUUGCUUUUAGAAGCAUGUAAAUAUACAUUCUACUUUUCUGUUUUUAAUUUUGUUUCUUUAAUAAAAUAUAUUGGCGACUAUUCCCGUUUUCAUCUGUGAAUCGGUAUUUUCAAAAAUGAUUUAUUUAUGUUGUCUAUAAUAUGUUCUUUAAGCAGCGUAUAAAACACGUUACAACUUAUAUCUUACAAUAUAUACGCAUAUUUACAGAUACAUUGCAUCAGCAUAAGUUAAUACAUCAAGAAAUAAGGUUUAUAUAAUUGUAAAUACAGAUCUUAAAAUUCUAUCAAUUGUUUUAGCAAAAGCCUCUCGCUCUUUUUGCUAUUGUUAAAUGUUUCGUUUAAAAAAUAAACAAAGGAAAGGAUAAUUGUUAACAGUAACAGUCAAAUAUGACCCUGUGAAAAUAAUUUAAAACUUCUACUUUAUAUAUAAUUAAUUGCCUUUAAAAAGUCAUUUUUUUAUACAGGGGAAGAAUGCGUUACAUAUGUAUGAGUGGAUGUAAAAAGAGGGACAAAUAGACUGAGAUAAUAAAGAAAGAUAAAUUAGAAAGUUAUUUGUUGUUGAUGGUGUUACGAAUGUUGCAUAUCUUGAAUUAGUUUCUUAAAUGACGCUAUAAAUAAUGUAUGGGUACUAUUUAAUUAAAAAUCUAUUGAUUUUUAAUAUACAUAAGAUUUCGAGUUUCUAUGAAGUUUACAUGUAGAAAUUUAGCAGUUCUUUUCAAUUAAAUUGUACGAAGGAUUAAUUAUAAUUUGUAUUAUAUUUGAAAAUUUAUUCUUUAAAAAAUAAAGUAACUUUUAUUACUUUACGACGAGCUGUUAAGAAAGCAGUUUGUUUUAGUAAAUUAUAUUGUUAAUUGGUAAUUAAUUUGCCUUUAUACAACAAUAUACGCUAUCGUUUUAUAAUCAAUAAUAAUAUAUAAUCAAUAGUUUCAUGGUUUUCAAUUAAUGGCCAAUCGGAAAUUUUUGUUGCUAUAAUAUUCUAUAUUAUCAACAUAGAUAGCACUUAAUAUGCGUCUUUUUCGAUCAUGAUCUUUCAAUUAUUUUGCAAUACUGAUAAACAAUCAGCUUUUUCAAUGAGGUUAUUUUUGUAUUUGAUGAUUGAAUACUGUUAAAAUUAUUGAAAUACUAUUGCAAUAGCAAGACAUCAUAAAUAGUGACUCUUUCUACAGUAAUAUUAUUUUAACCAAGAGACAAUUUAAAAAGCGAUUUUUUUAAUACUCGUUAGUGGGUCCGCAUAUCACUCGAUUUUUGUGUCAUCAUUCAUUAAUAACUCUUGAAAAACACACACAUGUGAGAAUGAUGAACGAGCGCGUGUGUAUGUGAGUAUGUGAGAUUUAAAGAAGUAGCGCCGUCUGUUUUUUCUUCGGCGUUUUCGAAGAUUCCUUUCUUCGAGCAAUACAAUUAUCGCUAUCACAUUAUUAAGUGUAAUUAUAUAGUUAAACAUUACGAUUGAAAAUUGUUGGCUGAAUUGCGAAUUUUUAUUAUAAUAUCGUUCCAAGCAAAUCGACGCUGGUACCUGGAAAUUUCAUCCAAAUUUUUUUUCACCAUGUAGCAUCGUUGAUCGAUGUAUCGUGAAGCAUUAAAGGUUCAUUCGCAUGAUUCCUUACGAUGAUACGAUUUGACAGAGUCUCGAUGAAAUUCAAUAACGGGUACCACCGUUAAUCUUUACUUCAAAAUAUAACGUCCGCAAAUGAGACAACUACGAUGGGAAAGAAAUGCGAGAAAAAUAGACAGAGACGGAAGAAGAAUCUUUAUCAGAAUGCAAAUUGUAAUACGCGUAUCGCUUAUUGACGUUUUCAUUAUCGCAUCUGCAUCCGCACGAUUAAUUUAUAAAUAAAUUAUAUUAAAUAAGACACUGAA